AUGUUGUUGAAUUCGAUUGUGGCUCUCGCACUUCUGGGACUUACAGGCGUCGAAGCUGCCUAUGUUACGUCGAAGCCUGUGUCUAAGAAUGCACGAUGCGGGAAAAAAUACGGCGGAGCGACGUGUCAGGGUAGCAAAUGGGGAAACUGCUGCUCACAAAACGGCUACUGUGGGAGCACCAAAGACCACUGCGAGGUAGCAAAGAAGUGCCAGGGCGACUUCGGUACAUGCAAAGGAGGAUAUGUCGUGCCGAGUUCUACCAAGCGUACUACCUUGUCCACAAGCAUCCGCACCUCUUCGUCGGUCCGAAGAACUUCAACAAAGCCAUCCUCGCGCUCGUCCAGUCCAUCUUCGAGUUCGUCCGUUGUCCUCACCAGUGCUUCACCAAGCAUCUGCUCUGCUGUCACCAUUACCGAACCCGCGACUAUCAUCACGAUUCCUGGAGAAGGCGAGGUAGUGACAGUUACUGUCCCAGCUACCAUCACUGAGCCUGCAACAACUGUUACAAUACCAGGAGAAGGCGAAGUAGUGACAAUUACUGUCCCUGCCACUAUUACGCUUCCAGCCUCGACUCUUACGCUGCCAGCGCCGGAACCGAGUACAAUUACUCUUCCGGCGGAGACACUCCCGGCAUCAACCAUCACAUUACCUGCCGAGACGCUUCCAGCCACCACGAUAACAUUGCCUGCCCCAGAAGCAAGCACUGUUACGUUGCCUGCCGAGACUCUUCCUGCGUCAACUAUCACACUUCCCGCCCCCGAUGCAAGCACAAUUACGCUCCCAGCUCCUGAUGCCAGUACGGUAACGACGACUAUCACCAGCACUACCACUUCAGCGCCCUCCUGCAGUGCGGUCCAGGCACUCAAAAACCCGUCCUUUGAGUCGAAUGGUGUUUGGGCGUUCACUCCCAACACUGCUAUUAGUAGCGGGCUUAUCCGCGGCUCCUCCGGCUCCGCGAAUCCGCCAAAAGACGGCCUCUAUCUGGUCCAGUCGGCGAUUGAUCGUGUGUUAGAUGUGAACAGUGGCCACCGAAUUACACAGGCCGUUCGUGUCUGCCCAGGCCAGCAGUACCGAUUCAGCAUCUGGCUGCGGACUAUCUCAGCGAGCACUGCAAGCAGGCCAACGUUGGUACAAGUUUUCAUCAAUGGCGUCAGGGUUCUUACGUCCACGCCAGUGACCCUUGAACAAGGCUGGACAGAGUUUCCUGGUUCAUGGGGUGCAGAUGCAUCCACAGACGCAGCGGCUGUGCAGAUUGUCCUGUACAAUGAAUCACCUGUUAGUUCUGGCACUUGGUCUUACCUGUGGGUAGAUCUUGCCACACUUUCUCCGGUGUAGUACUCGUCGCUGUUACGCUGAACACAGUUCGCUGGAGUGACUGUAUCUCGGUCUGUGCUAGUCCCAGACUUGGUAUUAUUGCCUCACUAGACCUACCAACAUCUAUAAUGUAAUGUAAUCACGGUUGUUUUUGGUAUGCAUGAAGAUGCCGUCUGAUGCCAGCGUAAGCGAGAACAUGUAAU